AUGUUUGACGCGGCCUGGCCAGACAAACGCUGCAUCUCCAUGUCAUCAAGGGACAUCCAAAGCUCAGGCGCGGACGCGUUGUGGUUGGCGCUGACAUUGCCGAGAAGGCUGUUGAACUUGCCGCAGCGCGGCUGUGGGUGCGUUCUGUGUCGACGAAUUUGGUAUCGUGACUGGACAGGCUGCACGGAUCGCUAUCGGCAAAGUCGGGGUCCAAGAGGAAACAGGUGCAAGUUGUUUUGUAAGUCGCCCAUGUUGGCACGCGAUCUGAGCGGAGGCUUCCGGGGCCGCAAAGUUAUCCAAGCGCAACUGCGGUGGAGAAACGGCCCUGGUCCCAGCACAGCCUCCCUCCAAGUAAAGUCCCAGCAGCAGGCCAAGCUGCUCAUGAAAGAUGCCCUGCACAGGAGUGAGGACGAUGCUGAAAUCGAGAAGGAAUGGGAAGAAAUUGCACGUCGCAGUGAGGAACUUGCCAAAGAGGCGAGGGAAAGCCGUGGCAAAGUGGCCGCGCAGCAAGACGCUCUCAGCAAGCCGAUCUCCUACAAGGAGGUUCAGGCAUGGCUUCAGGACAUAGCUUCCACGAAGGCCGUGGCCUCUGCGUCCUCAGACAAAACAGGCUCCAAGCCUGAUGGAGAACUUGGAGAUGAAAAGCCCGGACAGCCAUGUGAGGAGUUCAUCUUUCAUCUGAAAGCGACACCGUUUGACUUCAACGACAGAGUGCACUACCGCAUGCUGCACACGAUGUACAGCAAGCUAGCGCGCUGCAAGGUCUGCCCGCGGAUUGGCAGCCAUUGGGAGGUUUUGGGUUUCCAGGGCACCGAUCCGCAGACCGACCUCAAUCGUGCGGGCGGUUUGCUGAACGUCAUCCACAUGUUCUUCUGCUUUGUGCACUUCUUUGAGGUAUUCCAUGCUGUCUUUCGGCUUUCUCAGGACGAUCAACAGCAUUUUCCACUUGCCGCGGUUUCCAUCAACAUUACAAAGAUUGUCAUGGACGAACUGAUUGCUGGAAGCCUUUCCAGCGAAAUGGGCGGCACAGACGACGGGGUCAUCCGUGCUGCCGAGACCACUUGCCGAAUUUUCAGCAGCGGACUGUACCACUUUUACAGCAGGUGGCGGACGCAGAAACGCACCAUCAGGCACACGGCAUGUCAGAGCGAUGCUGAGCAGCCAGCCAGCAACGUUGCUAGAAGAGCUGGACCAGGCAGCUGGAAGAUGCUACUGAAUUUACGGACCUACAUCUCGCAGAUCAUCAUGAGGUCCGACGGUGUCCUUCCUUCCGCAGUUAUGGCCAAGUCUAUGUCAACAACACAACACAUGGCCUGCAGAGGCGACUUUGUUGCGUUUGCGCAGAAACACCUGUCCCUGCGAAGGGGGUGCUGGCAGACCCGGAUCGUGGCAGAUGCAGGCCUGCACAGACUGCGCUUCGGCCAUGGCGGCCUCUCCUACUGUGUGCAGGCACUACCAAGCAGCCGAGUGAUCCCAAGUGAGGGCUCCGAAGUGCCGAACUGGAGCAAGGAUUGCAUGCCUUCUGCCCAAGAUGGGCAGGCAUCGCCAGAGAAUGAUCCUGCCCAAGUGGUUUCAGUUGGUUUGCAAGAGGAAGCACUGCGAGUGCUGGAUCAGGCAGUCGACGCCCUUGCGCUGCUGAUUGCGGCCUGGGCUGGACACGCGCAUGGCAUGUGCACAGUGCGCGCUUGCGCAGCGGCAGGGGCAGACGUGCGGAAUCGUGCGGACAAGUCAUGGUCUCCUGGCCCAGGCCUGGGAAGCGUCUCGGUGGAGGGCUGCUCUCCAGAAGCAGAUUCAGGUGAGAAGGAAAAGCCAGCAACAGUAUCAACAGAUAAAAAAGAGCUCAGUCGCUUGGUGAAGGACGACGAGCCAAAGUCGAUGCUGAACGGCCCCGACGGUGAUGACUCCGAACAUGAGGACGCGCAGCCAGCAACAUGCGGCCCAGCGCAAGUCGUGCCAGACGGUGCAUGUGUACCUGUUCAGCAUGAUUCAGAUUCAGGGCUGCAUUUGCACACGUGCGAUGAUGCAGCCAGCGCGGAUGCUGGAGAAGCAGCUCCAGACAUCUUCACGGAAGCUGCAAGUGAUCCUGAUUGCAACCUGAUCGAAGAGCCGGCGCCAGAGGGCUUGGAAGCUUCCCGUGAGGAGGCUGGAGAGGAGGAUGCUCCUGACCGGGAAAUAUCACCUGAUUCAGGCUGUCAGGACUCUUUGACAAGGGCAAGCAGCUUAAGCAUCCAGCUGGAGCAGGAGCCUGCUGUGUGCUUAGCUCCGCAGUCGGGAGGAAGCCGAGAAGCAGAGAUUCCCAAUUCGCCGGUCAUGGCGGAGACAUGUGUGGAGCCACCCAUGACGCAGAUAGAAUCAGCAAGUGAAGUCGGUGACGUGAACGAUGUGUCCGAAGCAGAAGUCUCGGCGGAAGACCGACACUGGCACUUGGCUCACACUGCAUCGACUUGCUCUGGAAAGGCUGAGAUACCGACUCAGAAAGAAACCUCAAAGGACCCAAAUGCAAGCUCUGCAGAUGGGAUCGUUUGGGACGAGUCCAGAGGCAAGCCCGCAGAGGCCUCUUGGCGUCCGAGCUUACGGCCUGCGGUUCGCAAGGAGCCUGGCCUGGAGGACGAUCAGACAGACGAAGAAGCCGACGGCCCCAUCCUUGAGCACGCGCAGGCGCGAAUUUGGUGCCGGCGUGAUCGAGGAUUGGAUGGAAGCAAUUCCGACUCCAUUCAAAGCAGCUCGAGCCGUGGGAAGCCACGAAGAGCUUUUUACAAAGCACGGCAGCCGCCAGAAAUGUGA